AUGGAAAACAACAGAAUGACCGCCACCCAGGUAAGUAUUGAAGUGCUAUUCCUGGGGCAGAUCAUCAUUGGAACCAUAGGGAAUUUGUCUCUUUUAGGUCAGUAUGUGUUCCUUUAUGUCAGUGGAUACAAACCUCGAUCUUCAGAUUUGAUUCUCAGGCACCUGACUGUGGCCAACACACUGGUCAUUCUCUCUAGAGGAAUCCCAGAGACUAUGGCAGCUUUGGGGGUCAAGGACUUCCUUACUGAUGUUGGAUGCAAACUUAUUUUCUAUGUUCACCGGGUGGGUAGGGGUGUGUCCAUUGGCAGCACCUGUCUGCUGAGUGUCUUCCAGGUCACCAUUAUUGUCCCCAGGAGCUCUAGGUGGGCAAAUAUUAAAGCAAAAUUCCCAAAGUAUUUAGAAAUCUUCAUUACCCUCUGUUGGACACUGAAUAUGAUAGUGAAUAUCAUUUUUCCAGUUCAAAUAACUGCUAAGUCAAAAAACAAAAACAUCACAAAUGAAAUAAACUUUGAGUACUGCUCUGCUCCAAGUGAUGGGAAAGUCCUACGUUCAGUAAAUGUAGCUUUAUUCUCCAUCAGUGAUGGUCUUUGUAUUGGGCUCAUGCUCUGGGCCAGUGGUUUCAUGGUGUUCACCCUCCAAAGGCACAAGCAGCAGGUCAGACACAUGCAUAGGGCAAAUGUGUCCUGCAGAACCUCACCUGUAACCAGAGCCACCAAGAGAAUCCUUGUCCUGGUGUGCCUGUAUGUAAAGUUUUAUACUAUGUCCUGCAUUAUCCAAGCAUGUAUGCCUAUUUUUCAUAAUCCCAGCACCUUAUUGCUAACUUUGGCUGCCUUAAUGAAUAUCUUUUUCCCAACUGCAUGUCCCUUGCUUCUCAUGAACUGGACACACACAAGUUUCUGUUUCUGCCAAAAAGAAAACUAG